GUCUCUCUCUCUCUCUCUCUCCCUCUCUCAGCUGCCCCUCACCCUCCGUCUUUCUCCUUCGCACCAUGCGAUCUUUCCUGCUGGCACUUCUCGGAGCGUGGGCUGUCCAGCCCACCGCUGCUCAUGUGGCUCAUGCUCGUGAUCAGGGCCAAUGCAAGCAGACAACCGUCGCUAUCCUGUAGGUCCCUCUCGCUGCAGUGGCAGAAGAAGAACGUCACUGACAGGUGUAGUGGUGGUGGUAUGGCUGGCAUUGCUGCGGCGCAAGCGCUGCACAACGCCUCGAUGAACGACUUUCUGAUUCUCGAGUACAACGACCGCAUCGGAGGACGGGCGUGGCACCAACCUUUCGGCAAGAAGAAGGACGGCAAGCCGUAUAUCAUCGAGAAUGGUUGCAAUUGGGUGCAAGGCCUUGGAAGCCCUGGAGGACCGCAGAAUCCCGUCUGGACAUUGGCCCAAGUGUACAAUCUCUCGACCACCUACUCCAACUACAGCAACCUGUCGACCUACAACCACAACGGCUACAGCGAUUACUCCUACUUGCUGGACGAGUACGACGAUGCCUACGACAUCGCCAACGCCAACGCGGGCAUCAUCCUGACGGACAACCUGCAGGAUUCCACGGCGCAGACCGGUCUUGCCAUGGCCGGAUGGCGCCCGAAGGUGACGGACAUGGAGGCGCAGGCGGUGGACUGGUGGUCUUGGGACUUCGAAGACGCGUACACUCCUGCCGACAGCUCCUUCGUCUUCGGCUGCGCCGGCAGCAACCUGACGGUCAACGGCUUCAGCGACGAAGACAACUUCGUGACCGACCAGCGGGGAUUCAGCACGAUCAUCGAGGGGAUGGCGUCGACCUUCCUCCGGCGCAACGACAGCCGGCUGCACCUCAACACGCAAGUCACCAACAUCACCUACACCGACACGGGGGUGACGAUCACCACGGCGUCGGGCGACUGCUACCAAGCGGCGUACGCGAUCACCACGUUCUCGCUGGGGGUGCUGCAGCAAUCGGACGCCGUGACCUUCUCGCCGGCGCUGCCGCAAUGGAAGCAGGAAUCCAUCCAAGCCUUCACGAUGGCGACGUACACGAAGAUCUUCUUCCAAUUCAACGAGACCUUCUGGCCCGCGGACACCCAGUAUUUACUGUACGCCGACCCGGUCACCCGCGGCUGGUACCCGAUCUGGCAAUCCCUCAGCACCCCCGGGUUCUUCGAGGACAGCGGGAUCAUCUUCGUGACCGUUACCCAAGAAUUCGCCCACCGCGCCGAGCGCCAGUCCGACGAGCAGACCAAGCAGGAGGCGCUCGCCGUGCUGCGCGCCAUGUUCCCCAACGUCACCGUCCCGGACCCCGUCGCCUUCCACUACCCGCGCUGGACGACCGAGCCCUGGUCGUUCGGCACGUACUCCAACUGGCCGCCCGCCGUGACGCUGGAGAUGCACGAGAACCUGCGCGCCAACGUCGACCGCGUGUGGUUCGCUGGCGAGGCCACCAGCGCCGGGUACUUUGGAUACCUGCACGGGGCGUGGUUCGAGGGCCGCGCGGCGGCGCAGGAGGUCGGCCGCCUGUUGCGCGGCAAGUGUCUGGCGGGCAACUACACGGGCAGCUGCCAGGGCCGCAAGCGGUACGAGGUGCUGCAUGGCACGAGUCCGUUGGCGGAUUAUACGGCGGUGGACGGGUGGACGGCGAAUAGUUUCUAUGACUUCAAUGAUGAUUAGUCGCUGUUGCCCCCACCGUGGAGAUAAAGGUUGAUAGGCGGGUGUAUAUAGGUACCUUACAGGUGUGGAGUGUAUUUAGUAGAGGGUGUAUAUCACAUACUUGACACGGAUCAAUUGCACAAAUAGUUGUUCUUGUAUGCUGCAUCACAUCAAG